AUGUUGUCUGACUUCUGUCUGCCUGCAUGUGAGAAGGACUCUCAGUGUGGAGGUGGCAUGUGUUGUGCAGUCAGCCUGUGGAUCCGGAGUCUGCGAAUGUGCAUCCCAAUGGGUCAUGUGGGAGAAGACUGUCAUCCAAUGAGCCACAAGGUGCCGUUCUUUGGCAAGAGACUUCAUCAUACAUGUCCUUGUCUGCCUAACCUCGCCUGCAUUGCCAUAGCUGAUGGCAAGUCCAAAUGCCUCCCACCAUUUCCAUUCCAGGAUCAGUACCUCUGAUGAAGAUAUUUGCCUGUGUACCUUGCAAAAUGUCUGUAUAAAGUGUAUAGAUGUAAAAGUGUUUUCUUGACUGAUUUUCAGAUUUAUUUUAUUUAUUUAAUCUUUAUGGAAAAUAUCAAAUAAAUGAUAAGUAAAUUAUG